CUUCUUUCGUUGUCUUGUAAACAAACAUGGAUUCUUCCAGCGAAGUUAAAAUGUUUCGUCCUAAACGAAAAAAUAAAUGUUUACGAUUAAAAAGGGCAUCUUCUGAGAGCGAAGAUGAAAAAGAAGAAGAUAUGAGUGAAUUACUUGAAGAUGCCAAGGAGCUGAGAAAAUUAAGGAGGAGGCCUCAUGGUGUCAGUGCAAUUGGGCUAGCAUUAGGAAAGAAGUUGUCAACUCAAGAGGAGCUUAUCUCAGACCAUGACCCUUUUAAAAUGAAAACUGGUGGUUUCAUUGAUAUGAAAGCUUUAAAAAUAAAAGGAAAAACUGGCGUUGAAGAACUGGAUGCUGUAAAUUUAGGUAGUGUAUUUUCAGCAGAAACAAACCGAAGAGAUGAAGAUGCAGAUAUGAUGAAAUAUAUUGAAGAAGAGCUUAUCAAAAGGAAAGGGACAUCCAGUAUUCCACUAGCAAAAAAAGAAGCUCUAAAAUUAGCAGACAGUAGUAGUGCUCAUGAAAGUGAAGAAAGUAAUACUAGUGAAGGACCUCUGAAAGCUGAGGAUGUACUGUUUGAAGUGCCUGAGCAUUUACGAAAGUCUUCAACUAAGAAAUCUGAAGAAAUGUUGUCUAAUCAGAUGCUUUCCGGUAUACCAGAAGUGGAUCUUGGAAUACAGGAGAGAAUUCGAAAUAUAGAGGCAACAGAAGAAGCAAAAUUACAAGUUUUAAGAGAAAGAAUGACUAAAAAAGAAAAAAGCAUGUCUUUUGUUCCAACUAAUAUGGCUGUCAAUUUUGUUCAGCAUAACAGAUUUAAUAUAGAAGAAGGAGAUCAACCAAAAGUUAAGAAAAUAAGACAAGAAAUUACACCUGCUGACAAACAUACUUCUCCAGUAAUCAUUCCUUCAGCAGGCCCCAAAUUAAACAAAUCAAAGCCUGAAGAUGAAGAAAAAGCCACUGAUGAUUUUCAUUUUGAAAAAUUUAAAAAGCAGUUUAGGAGAUUUUAAUAUUUUUAUACACAACUUUAACUGCUUUGUACAAUGGUAUUGUAAAAUAUGUAAGGUACAACACUUUUUAGUAUCCUGUAAAUAUUUUUAAUAUUUAUUUGUAGAAAGAAGUAACAUUUUUAUGAAAAUUUAAAGAAUUAUGAACAGAGCC